GCUGACCCGACGGCGCGCGCGGGCGGGGUCCAGAGCUGGUUGGGGUUUGAGAAGUCCUGUUGUUUCCCGAAGAUUCUUCAAUCACUAUGUCAACCGACACAGACGUUUCUCUUUCUUCAUAUGAUGAAGGUCAAGGAUCUAAAUUUAUCCGAAAAGCUAGAGAGGCACCAUUUGUCCCUAUUGGAAUGGCGGGUUUUGCAGCAAUCGUUGCAUAUGGAUUAUAUAAAUUGAAGAGCAGGGGGAAUACUAAAAUGUCCAUCCACCUGAUCCACAUGCGCGUGGCAGCCCAAGGCUUUGUUGUGGGAGCAAUGACUCUUGGUAUGGGCUACUCUAUGUAUAAGGAAUUCUGGGCAAAACCUAAACCUUAGAAGAAGAGAUGCUGUCUUGGUCUUGUUGGUGAUGUUUGCUAUCGUUAGACAUCUCAUAUUGAGGUUAUAUGUUAUGUUGAAAAUAAAUCGUUUGAGUGGGUGAGACAAUUACAUGGUAAUUUGAAUAUUGGCUUCCUUUCUUGCAGGUUUAAUUUGCAGGUGACUGAAUUACUAAUGACUAGUUUACUAGCUAGGUCAUUCAGGGGAGUCAGAUUAGCACAUAAGAAACAUGUCACUUUUAAAUGAUAAAAUGUCCACCUUGUUAAAUUCUUCUGGUGAAAUUAGUGCUAAAGAAGACAACUUGCCAAUCCUAAAGUACUCACUUGCUGCAGAAUAUCACAUGCGUUUGAUGUUAUGUAGGAAUCCUAUUUGCCCAGUUAAUUUAUUCCUGCCUGCCUUGUGGACUGAAUGAGUACUUCAGUUUUUAAACAGGGCUGGUUGGCUCUUAACCCUUUCAGAACAAGUACAUGGCGUAUAACGUUACAAGCCUCCCCACAACUGAACGUGUGUGUGUGUAUGUUUAAACCAGACCUAAAAUGCUAAUAACAGCUGCUAGAAGGUAGUAUUUAUUUUAGAAUCACACUUGUAUUAUGGAUCCCAGUUUAGUUCUUUUGUAAUUGCAGAAUUAUAUUUUUGCUGCUGUUAUAUUAGAUAGUUUUUAAAUGUCAUCUUGAAAUAAAAAUAUGUAUUUUAAGUACUAACGCAAAGGUCAUGAAAAACAGUUUUUAAAUAUGUGCAAUCUGUUCAUUUUCUCUGUAGGAAUCAUAAAUGUUAAACUAAACAAAUUGCCUAUAAUGGAAGUGAGUGAUGAUUUAAAAGCAAGCUCUGGUCAGACAUAUACACAAACUUUUGUGUACUACAGAAGGCUUUUAUUGCACUUGUGAAAUUCUAACCCAAAUUUACAUUCCAUGGUGAUAACAUGGUAAAUGUAGUGUUAUUAAAAUAAGCGAACACAUCAAA